CUCACCUACACAUAUGUGUGUAUAUAUACCUUACAAUCCCAUCCACCUCCCAUGUAUCACUUCCUUAAGAGCCUUUGUUAAAAAAAUAAGAAUGUCCGGUGUUUGGGUUUUCAAGAACGGUGUGGUUCGUCUGGUCGAGAAUCCUGGAGCGGAGCCAUUGGAUGGUAACCGUCAAGGUUCGAGUAGUGCACGUCGCAAGGUGCUCGUACAUGUUCCUUCAAACGAAGUGAUCACUUGCUAUGAAGAUCUCGAGUCUAAGCUAUUGUCUCUUGGGUGGGAGAGGUACUAUGAUGACCCUGAUCUUCUUCAGUUUCACAAACGGUCCACCGUCCAUCUGAUCUCGCUCCCUAGAGAUUUCAACAAGUUCAAGUCCAUUCACAUGUACGAUAUCGUCGUCAAAAAUCGGAACAUGUUUGAAGUUAGGGAUAUGUAAAAACGAAGUGUGUGCUUGUAAUAGUGCACUCUACUUUGUCUUAAAAUUCAUCUAUCUUUACUUGUUUGGUAUCUUUUAUGUCAUGCAUUUGUUUUUAAGAUUAUAGUAUUGUGAUAUAUGGGUUUUAGUUUUCAAAAUAGAUCAAUAUAUAUAAUUGUUGUCGCUAUCGCAUUUAUUGCAGUUAUAUCGACGAUGAAGAGAAACAAAACAAUAAAAUAAUCAUCGUAACAUCGUACUGCAAAUGCGGUUUAAGGUUAAAAGAAGUUAAUGUGCUUAAAAAUGGUUUGCUUGGUGUGACUUUGCUUUGUGUUAUGCUUCUAUAUAAAUUAUUGUAAUGUGGAUGCGAAUCGGUGUUCUCCUUAUGUGUUAUAAAUAAAUGUUGUUUACCAUAGUUUUCUUUAGGCA